UAUGGAAAGAUGCGAUCAGAAAGCUGACGAAUGGAAGCUGUUCCUGAGUGGUCAUUUCGGUAAUAGUGGCUAAAACAAACAUUGCACGAUAUCAACCCUCCAUAUACGGUCUCCUUUGGUUGGGGCAACAAACUGCUUAUGCACCGAACAAAUACUUUUAAAGAAAUGUCCAUGCUGUAGCAUUACAACGCAGACUUUCCUCGGCGUUUUCAGCUCGAGAGCUCCAGCAUGUCUAAGCGGCGCUCUUUGGAGAGGGGGGCCGGAGAGACCUCGGGCAGGGCCAGCAAGCUCCUCUGUCCUGGAAUAGCUGGAAGCAACGCCAAGAGGGCAGGUCCUUUUGUCCUGGGGCCUCGUUUGGGGAACUCGCCCGUGCCAAGCAUAGUGCAGUGUCUGGCCAGGAAGGAUGGGACGGAUGACUUCUACCAGCUAAAGAUCCUGACGCUGGAGGAGCGGGCAGACGCGGCCGGGGAGACCCAGGAGGAGAGGCAGGGGAAGAUGCUGCUGCACACCGAGUACUCCCUCCUCUCGCUGCUCCAUAACCAGGAUGGAGUGGUGCACCACCAUGGCCUGUUCCAGGACCGGGCGUACGAGAUUGUGGAGGAUCCGGAGGCCAACAAUGGAAAGGUGCGCCGACUGAAGAAGCGGAUCUGCCUGGUGCUGGACUGCCUCUGUGCGCACGACUUCAGCGACAAGACUGCGGACCUCAUCAACCUGCAGCACUACGUCAUCAAGGAGAAGCGGCUGAGCGAGCGCGAGGCCAUUGUCAUCUUCUACGAUGUGGUGCGCGUAGUGGAGGCCCUGCACAAGAAAAACAUUGUGCACMGAGACCUGAAGCUUGGAAACAUGGUGCUGAACAAACGAACUCAUCGGAUUACCAUCACCAACUUCUGCCUGGGCAAGCACCUGGUGAGUGAGGACGACCUGCUGAAGGACCAGCGAGGAAGUCCAGCCUACAUCAGCCCUGACGUACUGAGUGGCCGGCCAUACCACGGUAAGCCCAGUGACAUGUGGGCCCUUGGCGUGGUGCUGUUCACCAUGCUCUACGGCCAGUUCCCCUUCUACGACAGCAUACCUCAAGAACUAUUCCGCAAGAUCAAGGCUGCAGAGUACUCCAUCCAGAGUAGGGACGGGCGUGUGUCAGAGAACACUGUGUGUCUUAUACGGAAGCUGCUGGUGCUAGACCACCAGCAGAGGCUGACCGCUGCCGAGGUCCUGGAGUCUCUCAGCGGCAUUAUUGCCUCAUGGCAGUCAGUAUCCUCUUUGACUGGACCUCUUCAGGUUGUACCGGACAUCGAUGACCAGAUCAGCCACCCAGAGCAUCUCCAGGAGGUGAAAAUGACGGAGGAGUCGUCGCAGUACGAGUUUGAGAACUACAUGCGCCAGCAGCUGCUGCUGGCCGAGGAGAAGAACACUAUUCACGAGGCCAAGGCCAGUUUCCUCGCCAAACGCCAGUUCAGCGCCAUCCCGCCCGUGCGGCGCCUGGGCCACGAUGCCACACCCGUCAGCCCUCUGGACGCAGCCAUCCUGGCCCAGCGCUUCCUCCGGAAGUAGCCCCUUCACCCAUCACCUUGCCCUCAAGGGGACAAGUGGGUUGGGGAACACAAGGGUUGUGUCGGGAAGGUACCCUGAAACUGAGAAUAUCUAUGGGAGCUUAGCCCAACCCUCCCUUGGGUAGAGGGGUCCCUAGCUGUGGGGAGUUAGGUAGGUGGAGUGGGAAUAGACAUGGGGGGAGGGGGGGGCAGAACUGAUCACUCACCUGACAACCUCUCAUAGUUUUCACACUUCAAGUCUGGGUGUCGGUGGUGUGCACAGCAAUGGCUUAGAUGGAGAAUCUGAAGAUCUCAACCAAAGGCUCCCACUGAACCCCCCACCUCAGCCAGCCAGCUAUGGGCACAUAUGGACUCAGCCAGCCAGCUAUGGGCACAUAUGGACUCAGCCAGCCAGCUAUGGGCACAUAUGGACUCAGCCAGCCAGCUAUGGGCACAUAUGGACUCAGCCAAACAGCUAUGGGCACAUAUGGACUCGUACAGGCCAGGGGGAUACCAGACACGCAUGUGUGUGUUUGUACAUGAAAAGCCCCCCCUCCCAUUUGUUUCCCUCUGCUGAGACCUGGCCAUUGCCCUCCUACCUACCCCCAAUUAUUCUUGAAACCCUGAGCAAUACAGGGCCAGAAGAACCAUGUAGCAACCUUCCUCUAACCUCCCCCUCAACUCUCCAAACUGAGAUCACUUGAUCAUGGACGUAAUUCACUCUCUUUAGUUUCCUCAUAACCAAAAUGAUCUGGACUAGUCCCGUCUCUAAACUGACGACUUCAAAUCUACCUCUCUCAAUCUUUAUUUUUUAUUUUAUUUUUUGUGUGCAUUUUACACCAUGUCCACCAUUCUCGGAAAACAAGGAAUUGUCGGGGUAGUGUUGUCACCGUAGACAGAAAGCAUUACUAUGUUUUGGUGCAUAAAGGUUUGGAAUGUGGAAUAUGAAUAAGCUUUUUUCCUUAUGACUAAUAAGUAGCAUUCUACACUUCUAUCUAUUCUACAUUGAAAAUGCUAACUAUCAAAGGGUGGCCAAAAUCGCCUACUUCUGUCUUUAAGUCUAGCAGAUUGCAUUGUUUUCUUGCUUUUGCUCUCACCCCCUGUGGAACCAUUUUUUUGCAUUUAGGUGUCAAGUACCUGGAAGAGCUGGAUGGGGCGACGUUUAUUAGAUGUUUCAUGUUGAUCCUCUCUCGUUAUUGCUGUUCUAAUUGGCAUCUUUGAUUAAUAAUCAUGACGUGGACACUAUCAUUUUUUGGGGGUGAGAAAUCAUGGCCCGUCUUAACUGAUUGUUAGCCAAGGAAAUGAUACCUCCCCCACGUUCACCACUGAACAACUUCCAGGUAUUCAACUUCCCAUUUAUCCCGUGACAUCAUCAUUGUGAGACAGGUAUUGGGCAUGAAUGUGAAUGAAUGGUAAUCCCAGUGAUUGUCAGUGUGUAGAUAAGUGUGAUUUGGGCCAGGGGUGUAUUAGACAAAGCCAGGGCCUUUUCAGUGGUAGGUGCAGACUAGAGCCACGUUAUUUAAGCCCAGUGAGUCAGUGCAGACCCUUAAACUAGCCAUCCUUCCCAAUCUGUUUAUCUUGCCUGCCUCAGUUGCUUGCACACACUGAGAACAUACAGGCUUUUCAAAACUGGCUGGACUGAAUGUGUCCGCUAUGAAAGAUGGGCAUCCCUCWUUUUGCCCCUGUCUUAGUCGUGAAUGCUCUAGUGCGUAGCAAAGUUUAAAAAUCAAACAAAACCGCGAUGAUCAUAGCUCUCAAGCCCGUUUAGCUGUUGUAAGUUAUAUUGUAGUAGCUGAUCAUGAAAGACUUACUAUAAUGUUGAUAGUGAUAAUUGAAUAGUGUAAUAUUUCAUAGAGAAACUCAACAAUGAGGUUGUCUCAGUCGCGUUACGCACAUUCUUAAGCUUCCCUCUGCUGGCGGUGCCGUAGUGGUGCCAAACGUGAUCAAUCCAAUCAUUCUGCACAGAGGCUAACGGCUGUUUCGUCUAAAGUGCACUAGUGUCCUGGAAAUACGAUGACAUUGCUAAAGUAGGCAAGUAGGGAAAAUGUUUGCCAUUAUGUCGGCAAAUUUACUUUAGACAGAUGGCAAUGUUGUCAUUUGUUAGCAAAGUUUGUCAAAAAUAGCUAGCAAUGUUGCUAAGCUACUAACUCGUGAAYAAUAUUAGUCAUCUGUUCACAUAAGCUUACCCAUCUUUAUGGGUAUUCGCAUUGCUUAGACCUUCACCCUAUUUAUAACCAAACUGAUCACAUGGGUAGAAACUUGAGUCAGUUUCGUCCUAUUUCAUUGUAUAUUGUCUUUUUCCUCAAUUUCAUUUAUGUUUAUUUUGUUAUUUAUUCACUGUCCAUUUUCAGGCAUCAAAUCUAUUUUCCAUUUUAGCUUUAAGCAAGAAGUUUUCUGGUUCCAUUUGUUUCUCCAAACUUGAGCCGCCAUUGCARUUUUUUCUCUCUCAGCCCAUCUUCAUUAAAGAUCUCUUUUUAUAAUUGUUUACCAUUGCCACACACUCGUGGUCGAUUUAAGCUACACUAAUAAUGAAACUGACUCUGCAUAGUUCUAUUUUUUACACAAAUAAUCGUGCAUUAUGAUGAUUUAUGGUAGUGAUCUGUUUAUUACCCGAAUCCAAGUUCUGUUUGUGCCGUUUUGCCAACUCCUGUUGCCUUGACAAUGACUAGCACAAACAGAUCUGGGACCAUGCCAACUGUUUAUCGCCCCAUACCAGACUUUUGGUCAGUAUGUAAAUAUAAAACCAUCAUUACAGCGACAACACCAGUAGAGCUUCCAUCUAGUGGAACGAUACCAGCUCUGAUCAGGGGUACAUUCAGUAAGGUGAAAUGUUGCAGAUAGGAAUGUGUUGAAUAGAACUGACAUGAUUCCAAAUUCAACAUGACAGGAAAUCAUAUCUUCAUCUGAACG